CGUUCCUGGAGCUAUAACUGCGCAGGCGCAAGGGCAGUUGGGGUCGGGGGCGCAGAGUGUGUUAACCAAUGACCUGGAGGAGUAGGGAGGGCGAGAUUAGGCCCGGAGUUGCUUAACGCUACCCUGGUGGGGGGUGAUUUACGAAAUGGGGUGAAGAGUGGUUCAAUGGCCCUCGCAAGUCACCAUUCUUCUGGCCCGCGGAAGUUAAGCAACGCAGAGGCGGGCCUAAGGCCGGAAGCAGGAAGGAGUGCGCAGGAAGCAGGGCGCCGUAGCCAGUCGCGCUGUAGGUCCGUGGGUCUGUCGGUCCCGAGGGCAGGAUGGAGAAGCUGCGGCUCCUGGGCCUCCUCUACCAGGAGUACGUGACUCGUCACCCAGCCGCCACGGCCCAGCUGGAGACGGCAGUGCGGGGCCUCAGUUACCUGCUGGCAGGUCGUUUCGCCGAUUCGCACGAGCUCUCAGAGCUGGUGUACUCUGCCUCUAACCUGCUCGUGCUGCUCAAUGACGGGAUCCUACGGAAGGAGCUUCGAAGAAAGUUACCUGUGUCUCUGUCCCAGCAAAAGCUGCUGACAUGGCUGAGCGUGCUGGAGUGUGUGGAGGUGUUCAUGGAGAUGGGGGCUGCCAAGGUGUGGGGCGAAGUGGGACGUUGGCUUGUCGUCGCCCUCAUCCAGCUGGCCAAGUAUGUUGGGAUUGUGGGGGGCCAGCCCUGGGUGGGGGUACCUGAGGCCAGCUGUACAGAUGGUGUUCAGCAGAGCAACCCUGACCCCCUGCUGGCUAGCCACCUCCCCCGGCCAGCCUCGCCGUACUCCCAACCCAGGGCUGUACUGCGGAUGUUCCUGCUGAUCUGGUUCAAGGCUGGCCUCCAGACCUCACCCCCCAUCGUUCCGCUGGACAGGGAGACCCAGGCACAGUCCCAGGAUGGUGACCACAGCCCUGGCAGCCGGGAGCAGUCAUAUGUGGGGAAGCGGUCAAACCGAGUGGUGCGAACUCUCCAGAACACUCCGUCCCUGCACUCAAGGCACUGGGGAGCCCCCCAGCAGCGGGAGGGACGGCAGCAGCAGCAGCGCGAGGAGCUGAGCAUCACCCCCACCCCGCUGGGGCUGCAGGAGACCAUCGCAGAGUCCUUGUAUAUUGCCCGGCCCCUGCUGCACUUGCUCAGCCUGGGCCUAUGGGGUCAGCGGUCGUGGACACCCUGGCUCCUGUCUGGUGUCGUGGAUGUGACCAGCCUGAGCCUCCUGAGCGAGAGGAAGGGCCUGACCCGGAGGGAGCGGCUGGAGCUGCGGCGCCGGACCAUCUUGCUGCUCUACUACCUGCUGCGCUCCCCGUUCUACGACCGCUUCUCCGAGGCCAAGAUCCUCUUUUUGCUCCAGCUGCUGGCAGACCAUGUCCCAGGCGUUGGCCUGGUCACAAGGCCACUCAUGGAUUACUUGCCUACCUGGCAGAAAAUUUAUUUCUACAGUUGGGGCUGACAGACAUUCCACAAUUGGGGUGUGGGAAAGGGCAGGGGGUGCCUCAACCCUUCAGUCCCCUGGUCCCCUCUGCCCUAAUAAAACUGACUCUGGCAGUGU